AUGGAUUUGCAUCCAGCGAAGCUCUGUCCAAGUGCUUUGUGGACUCAAGACAACCCGAGAACAUGGGAGAUGCUCUCCCAGCCUAAGAUGUUGAUCACAACUGGCAGCUGCGACUUUGAAUACCUUCAUGAUGCUCCUGUAAGAUGCCGCCUCGCUGACGACGAAACUGGGAACGAGAACAGCAAGACUCAUGGCGUAGAUCUGCCCCUUGAGUUUAUAAUUUCCACGGUAACGGCUGUGGUUGUGUGUAUGAAUUUCAGAGCGGAGCGCAGGAACGAUAGGAAUCAACUUGGCCAGAUGUCACGAAUUCGAGCGGGAAGUGCAGACCCGAACCCAUGA